CCGGUUGGAUAAAAAGAAAACAGGCAAAGUUAACGAAAUAAAAUGGAUAAAUAUUUGAUUAAGAAACCAAAAGACAUUAAACAAGAUUCAAGUAAAAAAGGCUACAGGAAGCAGAUGAAACAGUCUACCAUCGAAUCUCUCCAGGGUGUUGUUGUGGUUGAAGAAAUAAGAAGGCUUAAAUCCAAAUUGGAGUUAGAAAGUACUUCAAAAGAAGAAAUGGUUGACAGCCUGAACAAACUGGGACAAAAGAUUCCUCCUAGACAUGUUAUGUUAGAUACAAAAAUAGGCAAACUGGUCAAUAAGUUAAGAAAACAUGAAGAUAGUGACAUUAGAAAAGCAGCUAGACGUGUCUAUGUUAAAUGGAAGGAACAUUUUGUCAGUCAUGCUGAAAGACCAGUUAUUGAAGUCAUGUGUGAUACUAAAACAGAAAAAAUGAGAACAUCUGGCAAGAAACUAUUGGCUGGAUCAUUAGAUCUAGAGGAGAGUCACACUCUACCUGAUGCCAUAGAGAGAGAAGCAUUUUACCACCAUAAAAGAUUAAUCAAUUAUGAUUAUCGUAGAACUAUGAGAACUCUUGUAUUUACACUGAAAAAUAAUGAGGACAUUCGACAGAAAGUCAUAACUGGAGAACUUAAAGUACCAGAAUUUGUAUUAACAUACAAAAAAUGAUAAUAAGUAUUGAGAUUAUCAAAAUCUGUGAUAAAAUAUACCUAUACAUGUUGUACAAAUGUAGUUAAGGAGAGAAGAAUAUUGUCUGUAUGGGUCUUAUGGCAAUCCCUGAUCACAUUAAAAUGAGCCAAGCAAAGUGAAAAAAUUUCAACAAUUAGGCAGAUGUGUUUCUCGAUAAAGCAGACAGAAUAUUCUUCAAAGAGGAAGACAAAAUAAAGUUAUAUGAACUGCUAACUCAUUUCCAAUUUCAAAGUCAAUAUAAAUGAACUUAUUGGGAUUUAAUGCAUUUGCAUGAAUUUUAAAAAAAAAAUGUAAUUCUAUAGACUUACACUGGUUUCACAUGAACAUUAUUUUGAAAACCAGUAAUAAUUUAAAUUGUUUUAUGUAUCUGUAAUUAUUUUUGAUUAUUUUUUUUAUGUUUUUACUCUUUCAUGUUGUCUGAAUAAACUGGCAUUUAUGCAUAAUAUUAA